CGGCGGAGGUCGUCGGAAGCAGGCGGCCGGCGGAGCGGGUGCUUCGCGCGGAUGGCCCCACAGCGGCGUGCCCCCGGCGAUCCCCCACCAGUGUACGGACCGAUGGAAGAGCGAUUCUCUGUAGAGAUUAAUCACGCUGGUCUGUUUUGCGGUUCUGGAAUGAACAAGGCAUAUUUCGAUGGCCGGGUUGAUCACUUUGAUGGUUGUGAGGUAGAAACCUGGUCUCCAUUGUGGAUAUAUCAUUUUGUGGGGCAGCUUGGGCAUGAUCCAGCUAGGGUGGAGUUGUACUGGUUACUUCCUGGAAAACAUUUGCAUGAUGGGCUUCGCAUAAUUCAGAGUGAUGCUGAUACUCUGAUGAUGAGUGUCGUUGUUCCCAAAUUUCAGUAUUUCCAACUGUAUGUGGACCAAAAAUAUUUAUUGGAUGAUAUCUAUGUAAUUGGCUCUCCAACAUUGCCCAUGGUUCUUAGCCCUCGAACAGAGAUAAACGUGUCAAUCUUUUGUGAUGAUGCUGCCAGCCCAAAUAGUAGGCGAAGGUGCAAGGUCAAAGCAGUCAAGGGCAAUUUGCAAAACUGUUUCUCACCCAAUACAAAAGGCAGUGGAGAUAAAGAUAAGGAUGACUCGGAUGACAGUGAUAGCAAUUAUGGCGACAAUUUGGUUGACUCGGACAAUGAAUUCGACAAGGAUGAUGAUGAUCUCUUCGCAGAGUGGGUUGAUGAAAAUUAUGAGGAUGUGAAAGGAAAGAAGAAGGCGGAAAAUUUUGAUAGUGAUUAUGACACGAAUGAGCUUGAUCUGCCAGCCUCGGACUCUGAUUAUGAGCCAGAGGUAGUUGAUGAAGAAUCAAAAGAAGAAGAUGCAGAAGAUAACAGUAAGAAGAAAAAGAAGAGGGUCAAACUGAGAGCUUUCAGACCAGAAGAAAUGCAAGCUCCAAACUUCACUUUAGGGAUGCCAUUUUCUUCAGUAGUUGAGCUGAGGAGGGCAAUUCAAAAUUAUAUCAUACAAGAGAGAGUUGAAAUAAAAUAUGGAAAGAAUGAUUUGCAAAGAGUGAGGGCUCACUGUGUAGACGGAUGCCCUUGGGCAGAUGACAAGAUGACACUAUCAAAUUUUGGAAGAUUGGUGCGGAAAGAUUUCAACAUGCCCGCCUCUAGGAGCAAGCUGGCAAGAGCUAGAAGAAUGGCAUACAAUGGAAUCAAUGGAGAUGCAGAUAAGCAAUACGAGCAACUCUGGGACUUUGCGGCUGAGUUGUUGAAGUUGAGGAUACUCCCACAUGGAAAUGGUUCUUGA